UGGUGGAAAGAACAUUCGAAUGUGAUCCGAGCAUGGAAAUAACUUCGAAAUUUAAGAGAGAAACAGAAGCAGCAACGCAACUCUUCCAUAUUUAGAUAUUAGAACAACAAAGAGGACCAUCAAGAGAGAAAGUUCUGACAGCUCUUUUAUGGUCCGUCAUGUUGGUGUUGCCCAGUGCCGCUGUACCCAUCUCAACUGAACGUGGAACGCGACACUCAGCGACACUCAGUGAACGAGUUUUGUGAGGUAUUGUGGAGGCUUGAGUAAUAAGCAUGCGUUUGCAUGUUUUUCGUUUAUAUGUUGUAUAAAAUGUGAAAGUCAGAAAUGUAUCUUACGCUUUUGUUUUCCCUAGGGAUCGAGGCUUGUGUAUAGUAACUUUUGUUACUCGCCAUCUAGUUUACUUCAAAGACACAUUCAAAACAUUAUGACGUUGCAUGAAGUGAAAAUUGUGGAAGAGUGAAAACCUAGUAUCUGCGCCAAUUCCAUUCCCCUUAUUAUUAUCAUGAAUCUUGCGGAAUUUUUACGCUACCGCGGCCUGUUAACGGCAGCGGUAGGUGCGGGUGUAAUGUUAGGGGCUGCUGGAAUUUUUCUUUAUCAUCAGCUGUACGCAGAAAGAAGAAGAAUGAUGUUGCAGAGAGAGCUUGCAAGAUUGGACAUAACAGUAACAGAAAUGAGAAGUGAAUUGGAUUCAUUACGAAAAAUGAAUUGCUGCAAGCAUAACAGUUCAUGGAAAAAGAAAGCAUCAUCCACCUUGAGUGAUGGUGAUACUGAUCUUGAUAUGCAUUCUGCUCUGGAUGUACACUCUACUGUUGAUGAUUUAGAAGAGUUUUUUGAUUUUUCUGAUGAUGAAGACUU